AUGAAGCCCUGCCGUGAAUCACAAGAGAGCGUGGCAGCAGCGCGAGUGCGGGUGAGGCACGAGCUGUACGCGCCCAUCGAGCCGUAUCGGUCCGGCACACUGGCUGUGUCUGACGUGCACACUGUAUACUGGGAAGAGAGCGGCAAUCCCAAAGGCCAGCUGUACGCGCCCAUCGAGCCGUAUCGGUCCGGCACACUGGCUGUGUCUGACGUGCACACUGUAUACUGGGAAGAGAGCGGCAAUCCCAAAGGCCAGCUGUACGCGCCCAUCGAGCCGUAUCGGUCCGGCACACUGGCUGUGUCUGACGUGCAAACUGUAUACUGGGAAGAGAGCGGCAAUCCCAAAGGCCAGCCGUAUCGGUCCGGCACACUGGCUGUGUCUGACGUGCACACUGUCUACUGGGAAGAGAGCGGCAACCCCAAAGGCCAGACGGUCUUCUGGGAAGAGAGCGGCAACCCCAAAGGCCAGCCCGUGAUCUUCCUGCACGGAGGUCCAGGAGGCGGCACAUCCCCGGCCAACAGGCGGUUCUUUGACCCGACGUUCUUCCGCAUCCCUGUCAUUUUCUUACAUGGAGGCCCAGGAGGCGGCACCUCCCCGGCCAACAGGCGGUUCUUUGACCCGACGUUCUUCCGCAUCAUCCUCCUGGACCAGCGGGGCGCGGGCAGGAGCACUCCCCAUGCCUGCUUGGAGGAGAAUACCACGUGGCACCUCGUGGAGGAUAUCGAGACGCUGAGGAAACACCUGGGUGUUGAUAAGUGGCUGGUGUUUGGAGGGUCAUGGGGCUCCACUCUCUCGCUCGUGUAUGCAGCCACUCAUCCAGACAGGGUAGCAGGCUUGAUUCUCCGGGGAAUCUUUCUGCUGAGAAGGAAGGAGGUGGAGUGGUUUUAUCAGAAGGGAGCUGAUUCCAUUUUCCCGGAUGGUGAGAUAAAGGUGGCGGCAGCGCGGCACUGGACGGAGUGGGAGAUGGCCACCAGCUACCUCCUUCCCAACGAGGACUCCCUCAAACGAGGCGAGGACGAUAAAUUCGCUCUGGCAUUCGCGCGCAUAGAGAGCCACUACUUUGUGAACAAAGGCUUCCUGCCGGCUGACUCCUUCCUGCUUGACUCAGUGCCCAAGUUCAGACGCAUCCCAGCCGUCAUCGUUCAGGGUCGGUAUGACGUGGUUUGCCCAAUUGUGUCGGCUUGGGAGCUCCACAAGGCUUGGCCCGAAGCUGAGUUCAAGAUUGUUCCAGACGCCGGGCAUUCGGCCAAUGAGAAGGGAAUCAGCGAACAACUUGUAGCAGCGAUAGAGUCUUUCAAGCUUAAGCUCUCAAGAUGA